GCUGCUUCCUGUAGAAAUGAGGAUUGAAGACAAAGCUGGGUGGGGACUCAGGCUUGGGCUUCAGGGGCUGCUAUACAGACAGACGCUCGACGCCUCUCGGUGGGCAACUCCUACUUGGGCUGGGCUGGGCUGGGCUGGGCUGGGCUGGGCUGGGCUGGGCUGGGCUGGGCUGGGCUGGACUGACUGGGCUGGGCUUGGGCUGGGCUGGGCGGGCCGAGCUCACCACCCAUCUGCUCCGCCAGGGGAAGCUGCUCUCUAACCAAGCCUCCGGAGCCAAGCAAGUCAGAUCUGCCAGGGAGCAUCAGGUCUUGAACACUGACCAGAGUGUCUGAAGACCCCAUCCAACUCUCCAAUGGCCAGCAACAACACCGCCAGCAUAGCACAAGCCAGGAAGCUGGUAGAACAGCUGAAGAUGGAAGCCAACAUCGACAGGAUAAAGGUGUCCAAGGCAGCUGCUGAUUUGAUGGCUUACUGCGAGGCACAUGCCAAGGAAGACCCUCUGCUGACCCCAGUCCCGGCCUCAGAAAACCCCUUUCGGGAGAAGAAGUUCUUCUGCGCCAUCCUUUAAGUCUCUGAGAGGAGGCUGAAGAGUGUUGGGGCUCCUGGGACACACAUGUAGAGUUCCUAGCAAAGUGGGCAUCUUUCUGUCCACAGCAUUUAAAGAGAGGAAGGAGAACCAUCCUGCACACUCCGGGCUGUGCAUGUUUAAAGAACUGUCCCCUUAUGAGAAUGAAAGCUGAUUCUGUGUCCCAACUUUAGAGAUCUGACCCUGAAGACCGGCCUGGAGGAGGGAAAUGUAUAAAAAAAUGAGAAUGGUAUCUCUUCUUUUAUGCUGUCCCUCUAAGACCUUACAUUUCUGCUUCAUAUUUAUAAACAAAAUAAACAUUAAAGCCGGUGUCCUGAGCUGAGA